AUGUUCUGUGCUUUAUGUGGAAUGAGAAAGCAUCACUCGCAUAAAAUUGUCGAUUUGGAAGUUGGAGAGGUGAAGAAAUUGAUGAAUGCAACUUAUGAAGUGAUUACCCCGCAAAUUAAAGCUUAUGAUGUCUUUUUUCCCGAACUUCAAGCGGAUUUGAUUAAAAAAAUCCACAAUUUUCAAGCGAAAGCUCUUGAAAAAAUCGGCAAAAUUGAGGGGUUAAAUUAUGAUCCAGCAAAGUACGAGCUACGGGAUUGUUUAGCUAUUGGCGAGGAAUUUGAGGGGAUUUGUGAGAAAUAUUUGGGCGAUUUGCGAUCAUGUAACACUGGGAUUGAGAAGCUGCUCAGCAAAUUCGAGGAGGCAAAAGAAACUUCA